AUCUGACUCUGACAUCUGUCAAGUGUAGUUUGUUGCUUCAUCAAAUAUUUUUACUUUAAUUUAUAUAAGUCAAAAAUGUGAUAUAGAAACUUUUUAUGCAAACAAAUUGUUACUGUCUUAUCUAAGAAACGGAGUAUUUAGACACAAUGGCUCCCAUACCUUUGGAGGGGCUUCAGACACCUGUUUCCAACGCAGUGACCCAAAACAACAUAGCGGGGCCCCAAGAAGGUAAUCGAGGAGGUAUGAUGUCGCUGGCCCUUCUUAUUGACUUCAUCGUACAACGUACUUACCAUGAACUUACGGUUUUAGCAGAGUUACUACCUCGAAAAACUGAUAUGGAGAGAAAAAUUGAAAUAUACAAUUUUGCCACCAGAACAAGACAGCUUUUUGUACGACUUCUAGCACUCACAAAGUGGGCCAACAGUGCUUCAAAAGUUGAAAAAUCGGCUAGAAUAAUGAACUUUUUGGAUAAACAAUCUCUCCUUUUUGUGGAAACAGCUGAUAUGUUAGCUAGAAUGGCAAGGGAAACCCUAGUGCAAGCAAGAGUUCCAAAUUUUCAUAUUCCUGCUGCUGUUGAAGUUCUAACCACUGGUACUUAUGGUAGAUUGCCUGCUUGUAUUAGGGAGAAGAUUGUGCCACCAGAUCCCAUAACUGCAUCAGAGAAAAGGAACACACUUUUAAGAUUAAAUCAGGUCAUACAACACAGGCUGGUUACAGGGAAUUUGUUGCCUCAGAUGAAAAAUUUGAAAAUUGAAAAUGGCAGAGUAACUUUUCAUGUCCAACAUGAAUUUGAAGUAUCUUUAACAGUAAUGGGUGAUGGUCCCAAUAUACCAUGGAGGCUUCUUGAAAUUGACAUUUUGGUGGGAGAUAAGGAAACAGGAGAUGGUAAAGCUUUGGUCCAUUCUUUACAAGUACAAUAUAUCCACCAACUGAUACAAACUCGUUUAGUGGAUAACCUCCAACCACUAACAGAAGUAUACAACUGUCUUCAUUACUUCUGUCAAUCGUUACAAUUAGAAGUGUUAUAUUCUCAAACAUUGAGACUGAUGAGAGACAGAUUAGAUGAUCAUAUACAUGUAGAUGAGUAUAUUCCUGGAAAAUGUUUAACAGUAUCUUAUUGGAGAGAGCUGACGAGUAAAGGCAAAGAACUUACAAAUAAAGAUCUCAGAUCGGAAUUAGGCUAUCGACUAUCUGUACAAGUUGAUGUUCAUGAUCCAGCCAGACCUUUGGCUGUGGUCCAUGUACCUUCUCUUGGAAAUAAGGAAAGUGAAAUAGCUGAUAGAGCGAUUAGGUCAGAAGUUUUGUCAAUGGAAAGACUUCUGGUGUACACCAUUUAUGUAAGAACCAGAAGUAGGUUGUCUGAUAUAAAAUUAGAAUUGCAAGGGAUGCUGAAAGAUGUUGAAUGUAAUCUUCAAGGUUCCCCAGCAAUAUUAUCAGUUGCUAUUCUGCAACCUUGCUUAAGAGCUGAACAGUUGUUAAUCACUGUUGAUACUCACACAGGGAUGUUGCAGUGUCAUGUACCACAGUAUGAUCCGCCACUUAUUCCAGAAUUAAAUAAUGCCUUCAACGGGGACCAUGCUAAGUUACCUAUCUUAAUAUCUGAAUUGAGAUAUUGGAUUACACAAAGGCGUUGCGAAAAGACUCUACAACAUCUUCCAGCUACAGCUUAUGAAAAAUUGCCAUUUUUACAUCAAAGUGAUCAUCCUAUAACAAAAAUUGGAAAGCACAAGAUGUUUGUACAGCUACAUAGACAUCCUAACGUUGUCUUAAUAAUAGAAUUAAAAGAAUUGGAAAAUUAUCCGUGCGAAAUUGAUUUUUCAUUUUACUUGGCCGUUGUAAAGCAUUCCAGUAUUGAAGAUAAUCCUGAUGAUGACUCAAUUGAGACAGAAAUCCCCAGGGUGUAUCUUAAAGUGCAAACUUUAAUAGAAUUUGAUACAUUUGUUUCUACACAUGGACCAUUCACAAGUGUAUCAGGUACUUUAGAUUCUGAUCACACAGAACCAGGUAGUUUGAAAAGGAAGUGUGGAUCUAAACAAGAGUCUGCCACACGAAGAGCAAAACAACCUGCUUAUUUUGUAGCUGAAUUAGCCCACGUUGUAGCCAUGUGUGAUGAAAGGCUGCCUUUUGUAACCCUAGCAAAUGAGUUGACGAAACGGAACGUUUUCCAUCAAGGUCUGCAAGUUGAAUCAAAUGCCACAGGUCUGGUUCUAAAACUCAUCCAACUACCGACACCUACGAAAGAGAUUGGAACCUCAUCUGCUUGGAAUGCACUCAUGAAGAGGUUAUUAUCUGCAUCCAUUAGAGUUUUAAGUAAGGGAGUGGUAAAAAGCUGGAUGGUUGAAUUUGUUUUUUAUUCAACUCCAUUAUCCAGCACACAUCCCAAGGAACAAGGUUCAAGGCGUCCAAUUUACUUUCAGUAUGAAAUGGCAACUAUUGACAAUACCUCGAAGACUGCAGAUUCUUUAAUAAGCGAUUGGAACCAAAUUGUUCAUCUUUAUACUCUUGUACAUGAUUUAAGUGAAUAUUUAAAAAUUGAUAAAUACAGUUUUCUUGGAAAUAUGUUUUGCAUAAAAUCUUACAACUAUACCAAACUGAUAUUGUGCUAUGGAUCAGACAAAGGUGCUAUGGUUUCUAUAACAUGGAACAAUUCGGAUAAAAUGUUUAAAUUAGCUUUCGGUGCUACGAACAAUUCCCUGAACGCCCAUUCUUUGAUUCAAGAACAGUUGGAAUCUCAUCUAAAUGAGCACAGAAAUUUAGCCCAAAUCAUUCAACUUUUACAUGAAACUUAUGAACCUUUAUUGUCUAUAAGUAAAUUGCCUACUAUACCGCAGUUGGGAAUACAUAAUACUAGACCACAAGUUCCUGUACAAACUUUCACCAUCAUGGCGCAAUCUUGCUCCCUCAUUCGAUUGGCAUAUCAAGGCAUGUACUGUCUAGAACUUCGUAUCAGAGGUUCGGGUUUAGUUUCGUUAAGAGACGGUGCUUACAGUAGGUUCGACAGAAGUAAUGUAGUCGAUGUAUUUUCCCCCACUCAAGGUUUGAAAGCCUUCUUAUCCAAAUAUGUGGACGAGACAGCCGUUUUUAGAAGGAGAUCACAAUCAGAAGAUGACAAUCCUCCUUCUCCAAUGGAAGUUGAGGGUAGCGGGUUUUUAAGUCAUCACAGAGGUCCGCAAUCACCAGCGGGACAAAGAGAACCUGGACUUCGUUUUCAUCCUCCUCUAACCCCACCUUCUGGUUCUAAUCCCCAUACUCCAGCUAGUCCUCACACGUCUAUAAACCAAACAACUACACAUACUAGUUUCGGUUCAAGCCCUGCUACCUCUUUCAAUCUAGCAUCACCUACCUCACUUCAAGCUAACAUCAACCCAAGCCCAAUGCCGCAUCCAAGUCCAGGAGGACUGGUGGCUAACUCUCCCUUGAACCCACAACUGGCAAGUCCAGGAGGAUUGUUAAGUAAUUCUUCGCCAGGACCACAAAGUACCAAUUUGCCUGGACAUUCGCCUGUUAGCAGCUUUAUAUCUACCGGUCACACAGACGGAAGUCCAUUUCCUUCCCAAAGUAUGUCAUCCCCUGCUGCUUCUACAAAUUGGCCUGGCUCACCCGGUAUGCCUCGCCCUUCUCCAGCUCGUCCCGGACAGUCUCCGGGCGGUCAUUCUCUUAUGCACAGUCCGCAACAGAAUUCAGAUCUUAAAACGGGCAGUCAUUUAUCGAGAGUAUUACCGCAAAGAUCGUGGGCCGGCGCCGUACCCACGCUACUGACUCACGAAGCUUUAGAAAUACUUUGUUGUCCGUCGCAACAUCCGCAAGGCUUGCCCGUACCCGAAUUGGCGCCCUUGGAAAGAUUUUUAGGAUGCGUGUACAUGAGAAGGCAGUUGCAUAGACAUAUCCAUAAUGAAAAUUACCUAACGGCAAUACCCAACACCGAGCCUGGAGUUAUUCAUUUCAAAGUAGCAGAAACCUUACAAUGUAGAAUAGGGUUAAAUACUCAACAUUUACAAAGUUUACAUCUUAAGAUAACGCCUUUACCAGAACAUAAGGAGGUGUGGUCACAAGAGGAAUUACAGGUACUGGAAAAGUUUUUCGACACAAGAGCCGCCGCACCACCCUACAAACCUACGUCGAUGUUCACUUUCUGUCAUAUGCUGAACCUUCCGGUGAACGUUUUGAAAGAUUUCAUUCAAAUUAUGAAGUUGGAAUUGGUGCCCGGUUUGGCUCAACAACAGCAGAUGAAAUGGGCAGUGCAAUGGAUGCUUCGGGUACCACCCAGCGCUCCAAAUCUUGUUCCUAUGGGAAUGACGGGAGUGCUUGUAUUUAGGGCCAAAGUGCUCUUUUUUCUUCAAAUAACUCGAAUCGGCCUCCAGUAUCCAAUCAACAUGGAGCCACCAUCGAUAGUUCUUCCUUUGAUCUACGAUAUUGGUUCAAAUGUAACAACGCUGGCCGAAAAACGUGAAGCAGGUGCUAAUCCAGCGAUGACAGCCGUCAGUCAGAUGUUGAAACACUUCACUCAGUUUCAGUCGAACAUCAACGAAUGCUCCGUAUUUCCGGCGAUAAGAGAGCUCCUAAGCAAUUUAACAUUACCUUCCGAGCCGCAGGUGCCAAGUCCAGUAACCGGUGGCGUUCAACAGAUACAGUCGCCCGCGAUGCAAUUGCCUGGACAAGCGGCGCAAGGUGGUUAUCCUGUCAAUAUGCCCAUGGGGAUGAUGGGUCCUCAGUAAUUUAUUAAAUGUGAUGAUUUGAAGUGUAAAUAUUUUCGUAUCGAAAUAUAUUUAUGAAUUUUUAUCUGUAUUUGU